CAUGUGUGCGGGCGAUGGGUCAUGGGACUCCUGAUAAUAUGAACUGGGCUGGACUGCUGCAGAAUCUGCUGCUUCUGGUCCAUCUCAGGCAGAUCGUAUGUGGUUCUGUCCGGUUUUCCGUCCUGGAGGAGCAGGAGCCUGGCACUUUCGUCGGGUCGCUUGGUGAACACUUCCCACCCCCGUACCAGCUCCUAAGCCAGGACUACCUGUCGAUGGACACAAACACCGGGAAUGUCUACACCACCGAGAAAAAGAUGGAUCGUGAGGCCCUGUGCCCCGAGGAGACAAAAGCAGAGGAAUGCAUCAUUCUGCUCUAUGCCAUUGUCAGGCCCUCAGGAGACCUUAUACAGUUCCCUGUGAUCAUAGAAGACAUCAAUGACAACACCCCUUGCUUUGAAAACAGUGACAUACACCUGAGGAUUUCUGAAGACGCGUCUGUGGGGACCAGUUUCUUAUUGGAUGACCAGGCUCAGGACAGGGACGCCGGUCUGAAUGGAGAACUACAGUACCACCUUGAAUAUUCUGAUGUUGAUGAUAAUGGAGUUUUCGGUUUAAAAGUCGAGGAAGACGGGCUUUUCAUCAUGCUGGUUGUCCAAACAGCCCUGGAUAGAGAGACUAAGGACCAGUAUCAGAUAGCGCUGGUUGCCACUGACCGGGGCGCCGGCCCUUUAAGUGCUACAGCAACUUUAACAGUCACGGUGACAGAUGUUAACGACAACUGUCCGCGCUUUAGCAGUGACAGCCCGAGCAGUGUCACCAUCCCCGGAGAUUCCCCGAAGAACAUGCUGGUGGCUCAGGUCAGAGCCGCAGACCCAGAUUUAGGCCUGAACGCUGCCAUCGCUUAUUCCCUCAGUCCCAAAGUCUCCGAGCGGGCCAAGAAGCUCUUUAGCCUCGACAGCCACACUGGGUACAUCACACUAACACAGGACCUCUGGAGUGACAACUCCGAGGAGCUGGUGUUAAAAGUGUUAGCUAGCGGCCAUCACUGCCCCCCAGCAGACACUCAGGUAACGGUGCGUGUGCUCCCCAAGGCGACCCAGGAGCUGACGAUCAAGAUCGGGUUCAUAGUGGAGCAUGAAAACCAGACGAUGGUGUUACCGGAGAACCAGCCCCCCACCGUCUUAGCUGUUCUAGAGCUGGAGGGUGACAGCAGCUUUAAAGGCUCGUCUCUUGCCAUCGAGGGCGAAGUGCCUUUCACUUUGAGCCCGCAGAAUGGCAAAUAUCUGCUUUCCACAUCAAAGCCCCUAGACUACGAGUUGAAAAGCGAACAUCAGAUUUCUGUGAUCGUCCACAGGAGAUCAGGGGAAGUGUCUGCUGUUACUCCCUCAAGGCAGGUGCUCAGGGUAAAGGUGGCAGACGUCAAUGACAAUCCUCCGCAUUUCCCCCAGUCUCAUUACCAGCUGGAGGUGGUGGAAAACAACCAGCCAGGAAUGCCACUGCUGCAGGUCUCAGCUUCAGACGCAGACAGCGGAAACAACAGCAGGGUGACCUACACGCUGGACAAACACACAUCUACCAUCUUUAACAUUGACCCUGUGACAGGUCAGCUGUCUGUGUCGGCCUCUCUUGACAGGGAGCAGCAGGCUGCACACAACCUCACCUUGUUUGCACGAGACAGCGGCUCUCCUCCCUUGGAGUCCGUGACCACGGUGUCCAUCCGUGUUCUCGACCAGAAUGACAAUGCACCUGUUUUCCGAACCUCGCACUUCAUCUUUUUCGUCCCAGAGAAUGUGCCGCCCUUCACCCAGGUGGGAAGAGUUGGGGUGACCGACCCAGAUGAAGGGGAGAACGGGAACACAGAGCUGCGUGUUGUAAACAGCAGUGGAACCUUUGUUGUGGACAACGGCCAGGGGACGCUUCGCACCAACACAAACUUGGACCGCGAGACAGAGGGCCACUACGAACUCUACCUGCUGGCCAGCGAUCACGGGCACCCGGUGGCUUUGACGUCCAGUGCCAGGGUGACUAUCUUUGUGCAGGACAUCAAUGACAACCAGCCAAAAGUAAUCCUUCCCAGCAGUAACUCCUCAUGCCUGACCGUCUCGCCCUCUGCGGUGGCAGGCAGCACGGUGACAAAGAUCCAUGCCAUCGAUGAGGACUCUGGGCUGAACUCAGAGAUCACGUACACCGCCGUGGCGCCAGAGUCGGUGCAGAGCAGCAGCCCUUUCCAGGUGGACUCAAGGUCAGGGAACAUCACCUUAGCUCAGCGGCUUCUACAGAAGGACCUCGGAAUGCAUCACCUGUUCAUUGUGGUGAGAGACGGGGGGAAACCGAUUCCUCUCUACAGCACUGUCUGGGUUAAUCUGCUGGUCAACGACAGCACGGAGCCCUGCCACUUGGACCGGGCCCCCACCUGGACGGGGACACAGCAACUGGCUCAAACCCCCCCACGGGCCCCCAUGUGUGAAGUGGAGUCUCCGUCAUCUGCUCAGCUCACAUUGUUGGCAGGCGUGGGUUUAAUGCUGACAUCCGCAUGUUUGCUUUCGGUGACAGUCGCUUUAUACCUGAAACAGAGGAGAGGAAGAGCGCGGCGGAAGACGAGCGAAGGGUUUGAGGAGAAUAACAUUCCGCUCAGGCACAAAGACAAAUAUUACUCCGAUGAAUAA